GAUUUCCUAGAGCACUGUUGGUCCAACUCCGGACAACUUGAUGAUAGCGAUUUUGGUGGGAUGCUGUAGCAUGUGGCAUGGGAACUGGGGAUUAUAUCUGCGUAACGGUGAGCGGGUGCGCGCCAUGGGGCUUCACACUCCGCGAGGGCGUGGGGGAUACCUACCGACCUCUGCAGGUUUAUCAGGUGGAAGAGGGGGGUCGCGCCUCCCUAGCCGGGAUCUGCGAGGGGGAUGAGGUGGUGUCUCUGAAUGGAGAACCCUGCAGCGGCCUUUCCCUCCCAGAAGCCAUUGCUCUCAUCGAAGCCUCAAUCACCUCCAUCCAGCUAUUGGUAAAAAGGUGCUGCACCCAGACCCCCAAGGAAACUGAUUCAGAGAAGACAUACUUUGGUGCAACGGACUCUGGCAAGGCUUUGGAAAGCACAACGCUCCACAUCCUAUCCCCGGGGAGGCCUCAGCCUACUAGGGAGCACUACAUCGCUGAGUCCCAGGAUGAGGCCUACUACGGGGAAACGGAAAGCGACACGGAGGCUCAACACGGUAUCGACGUGGUCUGCACACAGCUCCGUGUACCUGCGGCAGAGGAGUGCCAAUUCGCUGGAGGAGGAAAAGACAGAGAUCAGGUGGGACCUCGAGUGGGGAGUUUCCCCCCGGGGGCAAUGGUGGAGCUCCAGUUGUCCCUGUCCAAACACACCCUGGAGGAUCCCAAAUGUACCUCCCUGGGAAGUGCCCUUGGAAUAGAGGGGGAGAUCCAGGCCAGAGAGGCCACGCAGAACAGGGCUCUACUCCACACCACCACCCACUCGCUUUAUGUACCUGGCCCAGUUAGGGAGCCCCUUGGUCAGCAUGGAGUGGUGCUGAGCUCACCGUCCCUGACCGGCAAGGUGGAGGUCACCACACAGCACCCGACGGCUGGGAGGGGCUACCCACGGCUAGUAGAGGGGGUGGGUGCCUGUGAAAGUGUCAUUCAUGCCCCCGGGGAUGAAGGAGGAGGGAAAAGCAAGGGAGCUCACGCCUCCUUCACAGUCUCAUUUGGAAUUCCUGCAGAACGUCUCUCGUCGGCAGAGGAGCAAGACUCUGAUUCAGGGAAGGACGUUGGGAGACCCAGCAAACACCGGGCCAGGCACGCCAGGCUCAGGCGCAGUGAGAGCCUGUCAGACAAGCAGGUGAAGGAGGCCAAGUCUAAAUGUAAGCGGAUUGCCAUUCUUCUGAACACUGACGCUCCCAACCCCCAUAACAAGGGGUUGUUGAUGUUCAAGAAGCGUCGACAAAGGGCUAACAAGUACACACUCAUCAGUUACGGCACCGGUGAGAGUGACCCGGAACACGAGGACGACGACAGCCAAGAGGAAGAAGAGUACACAGAAGAAGACGCCAGAGCAAUUGAAUUCAAACUUGCAGCCACCACCAACGAGUCAGAGCUUGACAAGGACCUCAUCCCUAAUGUCCUGGGCCGUAGCAGAGUUCUAACCUUUGACUGGGACACAGGACUUCUUGAGAUCGAACGCAAGCUCAACUCCGGAGACAAGAUGGAACAACUGCCCAACACAACCGGCAAGGGGGCUACGAUGUUUGCCCAGCGCCGCCAGCGCAUGGACGAGAUUGCCGCCGAACACGAGGAGAUGAGGCGCCAGGGGAUCCCCGUGGAGGGGGUGGAGGCGGUGGAGAAGAAUGCCGCCCACCAGCAAAUGGAAGAGCGCUCAUACAUGCAGGCCAACGCGGAGAGCCAGGUUUACAUGGAUGUGAACGUGCACCUGAAACAGCGGCAACAGCAACAGUAUCAGCAGUACCAAGAGCAGCAGUACUAUGAGCAGCAGCAGCAAUAUCAGCAACAACAACAACAGUAUGAGCAGCAGCAGUACCAGCAGCAACAGCAGUACCAGCAGCAAUACCACCAGCAGCAACAUCAACAACCACAGCAGCAGUUCCAUCAACAUCAAGAGUACCAGCAGCAUCAAACUCGUCAGUACUUGUCCAACAUGAACGGUACGGUCAACCACCAAACUGCUGAAAUGCAUAGUUCCGUGAGCAAUCAAACCGCCCAACCCUUCUCGGUUGAAAACCAGGUGUCUGGCACAUUUUCUUCUCUGGUGACUGGGAGCAACCAGGAGACAAUGGGUCAAGGGGAGCAGAUUGCCUCGCGCGAUGAACGCAUUUCAACUCCGGCAAUCAAGUCUGGGAUCUUGCAAGACACAAGGACCAGGUUCAAGGGCAAGCCAAUGUUCAAUUUCAAACAGGCUCCCAAAGUGUCCCCCAACCCUGAGCUUUUGAAUCUCCUCAACAGGAGUGACAAGAAGUUAGAUGUUGAGUCAGGCACGGAAGAGGACUACCUGAGCUUGGGAGCGGAGGCUUGUAACUUCCUCCAGUCUUCAAAAGUCAAACAGAAAACUCCUCCCCCAGUCGCCCCCAAGCCUGUUAUUAACCCCAACUCACCGCCUUGGUCCCCCCAGCCUGAGCUGUCUAACCAGGAGUUGCCACAGCAAGCUGAAAAUAGAGUCCCCGCACCUGCUGCAGCCCCCGAGCCGGAGUCUGCUCCUGCUCCAGAUUUGGCCCCAGAACCCUCCCCCCCACUUGCACCAGAGGAAACUCCUGUUCCUGCCAAUCCCCCCUCAUCAGACAAAAACACAUGGAGUUCCUUAGGGUCCCAGGCACAACAGCAGCCUCAACAAGAGACACCCUGGGGAGGAAAUGGUCCUCCACCUGAGCCUGAUUUGCAACCUGAGCCUCAAGUGAGUUCCUGGGGUCCGCCCCAAACACAAGCCCCACAGCAGCCACCACAGCAGCCAACGGUGAGUACUUGGGCACCUGCGGAAAUGAAGCCCCAGGCUCCAGCUCCAAGUCAAUCCCCACAACAGCUCCCUUGGGUGACCCUCCAACCCCCUCAUCAGCCUCAAGCUCAGUCUCAGCCACUGACAAAUGCUUGGGCUCCAGCGCCUGCCCAGUCACAAUCUCAGUGGGCUCAGCCUCAAGAACGAGCUCAGCAACAGACUCAACAACACUGGGCUCAGCCUCAAGAAGAAGUACAUCAGGCUCAGCCACCAUGGGCUCAGCCUCAAGAACGAGGGCAGCAACAGACUCAACAACACUGGGCUCAGCCUCAAGAAGAAGUACAUCAGGCUCAGCCACCAUGGGCUCAGCCUCAAGAACAAGCACAUCACCAGCCCCAACCACCAUGGGUUCAGCCUCAAGAACAAGCACAGCACCAGCCCCAGCCACCAUGGGCUCAGCCUCAAGAACAAGCACAGCACCAGCCCCAGCCACCAUGGGCUCAGCCACAAGAACGAGCACAGCGUCAGCCCCAGCCACCAUGGGCUCAACAAACGAAUUCUCCACAACAGGCUUGGCCCCUGGAUCAGACCCAGGCCCAACAUCCGCCACCUUGGAUGUCAUCAACCCAGCCUCAGCCCCCAAUGAAUGCUUGGACACCACCACAGAGCCAGGCCCAGCCAGCGCAACCAAUGCAAUCGCAACCUCCAGCUCACCCGCAACCCCCUAUGAAUGCGUGGGCUACAGCGCCUGUUCAGGCUCAGGUCCAGCCUCCCUGGGCUCAGAAGCAUCAAGAGCAAACACAGCCAUCCACGAAUGCCUGGGCCUCAGAUCAAAAUCAGCCCCGGCCACAGCCGCCUUGGUCCCAACCCCCUCCGACACAAUCCCCAACCCAGCAAAACUGGCAACAUCCACUUCCACAGCAAGCACCCCUGCAGUCACCGAUGAACGCGUGGCCCACAGCUCACGCACAGCCUCAGACACACACAAGUACCUGGGCCCAACCACCACCACAAGCCCCAGCGAAUACCCAGACCCCGAUGAGCAGAGUGCCUCAACCAUCUCCGCAGCCUUGGAAUGCACCACAAAGUGCUCCCCAUUCUACUCCACCGCCCCCCCCACAGCGAAUGAACUCCUACACGUUCGGGGAAAGGUCAUCGUCACCCCUCGUCAAUCCAAUGGCCAGUGUCUUGGCGCCGGCGGGGGGCAUAGGAUCGGCCUUGUCGAUGCCAGCUGUCAGGGGGAAAGGAGCAGAUUUGUUUGCCAAGAGGCAGUCCCGUAUGGAGAAGUAUGUGGUUGAUUCCGACACAGUGCAGGCGGCCACUGCAGCCCAACAAGCCCAGGCAGCCAUGGCCCAGGCAAACAAGGCUUUUGGCAGGAACUACUCUCUGUCCCCGCCCACUGCCAGAGCUCCACCGCUGAGCCUCCGGUCAUCGUCUGGGUCCCCCUUCCCCUCGUACAAACCCCAGGCCCGUGCCUCGUCUGCUCCGGCGCCCCCAGGGAGGCAAACAUCCUGGCUGGACGGGAGUCACAAGCCUCCUUCCCCCUGGGAGGCCGCAGCCCGUCACCCCAUGGGCCUUGUGGACGAAGCCUUCGCCAUCCAUGACGUUCAGCAGGCCAUCGUCUCCAACGUGUGCCUGGCUGCCCAGCGCAAGCUGCUGCCAGAGCCCCCUGCCGACUGGAAGGCCAGGGUGUCCUAUGAUGCUCCCGGCAAGACGGAAGGAUGGAACCCGAGCGAGAGACAGAAACAGGGUGAACCCCACAACCGGAGUCGGAGUUACAGCAGAGUUAUCCCUCAUUUCCUGUCCCCCACCAAGAGCACAGCCUCGGCCCCCGCAGGUCCAGCCGGCUACAGGUACCUGCCCAGAGAGUGGCGGCCCCAGAGGUCGCUAACGGAGACCAACAUCCAGCCCUCAGGAGCCAGUUAUGGAAGGCCUCUGUGGGAACAGCAAGAGAAGAGCUACAGAUCUGUGUCUCACACCAACUGGAAAUAGUGGUGCUAAAGGCAGUUGAAUAAAAGUUCCGCUUUGCUUUAUAAGAACAAGUAAAUCUUAAAUAUUCCAAAAGUUAAUAAUAGACAACACACAGUACUGCAGCAUGUGAACUUACCAACAUAUUUUUAACUGAGAUUAACUGAGAGAAAUUAGUUUGUGAUGUAUACAGGACAGAGAUUUCAAGAGGAAGGUUUGUUUUCAAUGUGUUUAUGCGGUUUCACUGAACGUUUGAAAUCUAUAGCCAUGUUUGGUGUGAGACACUGUCAGUCAUGGUUUCUAUUCUAGUAAAUAUUAGCUUUCAUUAGUUUUAAAUCGAUUGACAGUGCUGUUCCAGUCUUAUGAUUGCUUCACAGUCUGAAAUUAUAUCCAAGUAUGUGAUGUUAUGGUAGAAGAAAAAGGAAAUUAGUAAACCGAGCCAUCCCUGGCUCAUGGCAUCCACAAACUUUUAUCUAAGGGGAUCAAAGAGCUCCUCUGAUACUGGCAUGAAUUAUUGACAUUACCAUUUAUCAGUGUGUGAAGACCGAACCAGACCACACUUGAAUUCUUUAAGUAACGCAGGACCCUUUGGGUAAUUAAACAACCAUUUGCUAAUAAUUUACCCUUAUGUGCCAAAUUAUAUUAUUUUGCCAUUUAAUGGGAUGAUAAAUGUAGGGGUGUACUAACUUCAAAUGUAAAUUGCAUUUGUUUAAAAGUGUUAUUCCUCAGUGUUAUUUGUUACAUACCCUACAGUGGGUGUAAUGUUUUAGUGGGCAUACUUUCUCACAGUACUAUAAGUGUGAACAAUAGCAUUUCUUAAGUAAAAGCAGACAUGAUGGACAUAAAGUAUGUUGGAAGAAAGAAUGUGUGAUUGUCAAGUGAGGGGAUUUUAAAUGAAAUGAUUGCAAUGAUUGGACAUUUGUACAGUAUGGAAUUUAGUGGUAAGGACAAUUGCUGUUUACUAUGAAUCUCAUAUUUCAUUUAAUACUAAGCCUGAAUGCUGCCUAUUUGAUGAUAUUGUGAAUUAUAUUCAAACUAUCUGAAAGGCAUGGUGGCAUCUAAGCAGAUAUUUGUUUUCAGAAACAGACUGGCACUAGCUUAAUGUAAAUGGAGCCAUAAUACAGCUGAGCCUUACAGGUCCUGGCACAGCUCAUUUCGUGAACCAUCCACAAAGUAAUCCAGAGAUUAUGAAAAUCUGGUGAAGUUGGUGUAGUAGUUUGCAUUCCUGGAUAAGAAAACUCAACAACCGACUGUAACCCUAAACCCUUAAUCAUUAUAUAGCUAUUAGCGAGACAAAUUACUUGUGUGCCAACCUACAGUAGAAGAAGUUGAGGCUUCAAAAAGUUGAAUCAAGGUUUUUACUUUCAAAAAGAAUUGCCAACUCAAGUCAAAACUAUACGUUUGGAACAUUGCUCAUGUAUAAUACAUGCAUGAAUGGGCAAUGCAGUCAAGCUGGUUUAUUACAUUAGCCGUAAUUAUUCAUCUACACUAGCUAUCUAACAUUGCUUAGCAUCAAGCUUAAAGUUGUAUUUGUCAGGAGUAGAUCAAAAUGUUUUUCUGCAGUCCUUCUUUUGGGCUGCUUAGUAGCGGACACAGGAGUCUUCAGCCAUCUUGGCAACAAGUAUGCAGGCAGCUGGCUAUGUGAAACCUAAUAACAAUGUUAGCUAGCAGUUUGUGCCUAACGAUAGCCAGCUAGCUUCGGUGGAAGAUAUGUAGUUAUUUAGCAGCAUCCCAUUUGUUAUACUUCGACAAUAUUACGAAAUUACUUUACUUUCAAAUAAAGACCAUUGGAACACAAAACACAUUAGCAAGAUGUGGAUUUUCUAAAUGAAUUGCAUAACAAAGAAUGUAAACCUUCACAGACUAAUCAUUUUAGAUUUGGGAUAUUUUUGUCUGCUGACGGUUUGAAAGAUAGCACCACAAUUCUGUGUAAUGUCAACGAAUUGAGCACAGUGAACCCCUCCAACCUCUCAGAAUUCCUGUCUACUGCAAUGUCUGCAUUCUGUACAAUGAGCAUGUUACCAACGUUAGCGUAAACAUUUGUAUGCAUAAAAGGGGACAAUAUAAACAUCAACAGAUUAUUUAUUUUAUAGCAACAUUUUGAAAAUCUUUUCUCUAAUCUCCUUGCAUAUUAUAAUAUUGUUUUAAUAAAACGAUAGGAACAGAAGCAGCACUCCUUGUCUCCUACAAGCCGAAGCUUGGGUUUACUGGGUCAUAGCUAGGUCAAUCAAAGAUUUGCUUGAAUUGCUACUAAAGUCCAAAUACUACUACAGACUAACUAUUUAUGAGUCUGCACCAGGCUUAAAACUUGGAUAAUUGUUGAAUCAAACUCAACACACUGGGUACAUUGCUUACAGAGAUUGAAUCAUUAUUUUCGCUGGCUGCCAUUUAUUUACUACAUUAUCACAUGCCUAUCAAACAGCGCCCUAUUCCUUACAUAGUGCACCGCAUAUCACAGCCCUCUGGUCUAAAGUGGCGUACUAUGUAGGGAAUAAAAGUUCUAAUUAAUCUAACAGGAUGUUCUUUUCUCUGCAAGCUAUUUUUCACAGUGAUUACAUUGUGGGCACCUAGAAAAAUGAUCUCCAGUUAUGUAACCUAUACACCGGUAUAUUAGUAGAAAAGAGAGCUAGGAACAGAGGUUCUGUUCUUGGAGUAAAUAACUUGUGUUAUCUGCCAAUGUCCAUUGCUGGAGAGAAGCAGACGCCAAGCAAAUGGAUGAUGUUGAAUAGAGUAGAAAUGCGAUGAUUGCUUUUGUUAUUGUGUGGUAAUGGACAUGUGUGGAUCAAGUUGACAUGAGAUUCAACAUCACAUGUGUUUGUCGGUGUUGCUUUCUGAUUAAUGGAUUUCAAUGGGAUUUCAAUGGUUGAAAUUCAGUAUGUUCCUGCUUUAUCCUUGUUUUAUUGCAAAAUGUAGAAUGAUUAAAAUAAACACUAUUUGUCAUGUAUUGGUACACAGAUUCACCUGGCCUGUUGAAAAG